AUGGACCCAUCCACAUUAUCCCAUUCGGACGUCGACACCAACCGUGAGAAUUCCUCUGAGUUUAUUAGUCGAACACAGCAACAACAGCUCAGCAACAACAACAAUCACAUGACUCUCACCUCACCAUCUCUUCCCAACUCGAACUUGAAUACCCAUAUGUCCAUCUUUUCAAGUUUCAAAUUGAAAAGACAAUCCAUGAGAAAUGUAGAUCAAUCACAACAACACUCUUCACAACAACAACAACAACCACUCAUUCAUCUCGAAGGUUAUCUCUCUAAACAAGGUAAAAUUGUCAAGAAUUGGAAAAAACGAUACUUUUCAUUCCAUGAUCAUCACAUACUCUCCUAUUACACAAAACAAGAUAAAAAGAAAGAAAAAGGGUCUCUAGAUAUCAACAAUGCAAUCAUUGUGGAAUGUUUUUCAGAAUUUAAAAAUGAAUAUAACAUUUUCAAAAUUGUGACUAAAAAGAGAGUAUUAAUUGUCAAAGCUCAGAGUAGUGAUGAAAUGUUUCAAUGGAUUGAUAAGAUGAGAGAAGUGAAUGAAAGUGUGAGAUUUUUAGAUGUCUUACCACAAGAAGAAGAUGAACCUAAUAACAAUAAUAACAAGAACAACAAACCAAUGAUUCAACAGAAUGGUGAUGAUGAAAAUUCAAAAGAUGAUGAAUAUGACAGUGAUGAAGAUGACAAUGAUGAUGACUCUGAAAGACUCACCGAUGAUAAUUUAUCUUCCACCUCCACAUUGGUAUCUUCAAGUUAUGGCAAUAUACAUCAAGAAGAACAUGUUCAACAACAACAACAACAACAACCACCACCAACACUUUCAACAACAACAACACCAUUGGCUCAUCAUUCAGAUGCACUUCCCAAAAAGGUUCAAGAAGAUGAUGAAGAUGUGGUCGAUAUGAAUGUAUUGAAAGAUAAAUCUCUUGCACAAGAAGAAAUGUAUUAUCUCAAUCAUCGAAUGAUGAAUGAAAGAUAUGAUGCCAUUCAUGAUGAAGAUGAGGAAGAAGAUGAAGAUGUUCAAGUGGUGGUUGUGAAAUCAAAGAUCAACAACUCUACACCGAAAGGUUCUUCAAGUGGUGGUAGUAGUAUGGGUGGUGGUCAUAAUGGUCCAACAUCUUUUAACCCACGUGAUACUAGUAGAAAUUCAAGUCAUUACAAGAAUUACAACAACCAUUCAAAACAAUCACAUAGUGAUACCAUGAACCAUCCAUCAUCAUUAUCAGAUCACACUACAACUACUACUACUCCUCCUCCAAUGGUCAUUGAUGAUAUUACUUCCUUUUUUAUUAUGAGUACUGAAAAAUCAUUCAAACAAGAUCAUCCAUCCAUAGUGGAAGAUGUGAAUCAUCAUGACAAUACCAUGAAUCCUACCAACAUGAACAACAACAAUACUCAAAAAAAGAAAAUUCAACUCGUUCCUCCCAUUGAAAAACACAAUCCAUUGGAUCGAGCAUUUAGAGACAUUCAUGUCAUUCCACCUCAUCAUGAUGAUUCUCUUAUAAAUAAUCAUGAUGGUCAAAGUGGUGGUCAAAGUGGUGGUCAGAGUGGUCAGAGUGGUGGUGGUCAGAGUGGCAGUCAAAGUGUUUCACUUUUACUCAUCAAACAAAAUUAUCAAGAAAAUAUCAAACAAAGAGCUUUGAAUGAAUACUAUACAAGUAUUGCUUUGGAACAAGAGAUACAUCCAUCCACUACGACUGGUACCACUAUUACUACUAAGAGUACUACUACCUUAUUAGGACUUUAUUCCUUUGGAGGAGAUGAAGAGAAUUCUAAACAAGAGAAUCCAAUGCAUCAUUCCUACAUUCAUGAUGAUGAGAGUGACAAUGAAGAAAAAGAUUGGCUCAUGAAAAAAUCAACACCUAGUUCCAAUAGUAAUGGUCAUUAUUUGUAUUUUCAUCAUCCAUCCUUUAGAGAAUAUUCACAUUCAAGUGCCAUGAUGAAAAUUAUUAUUUUAUUGUGUAGUGUGAUGGUAAUGAAAUUUCUCUCGACACGAUUUCUCAUUUCAAACAUGGUGAAUGGUGAUUCAAGUGGAGGUGGUUCAAGUGGUGGUGUUAUUAGUGUUGUUGGCAGUAUUAGUAGUAUGAGUGGAUGUGUUAUUGGUGUUGGUGGUGUUGGUGUUGGUGGUGUUGGUGUUGGUGGUGUUGGUUUUAGUACGAGUAGUAGUGGAAAUGGUCCAAUGAUAACAACAGCAGUCAUUGAUAAUGAUUCAUCCUUUCUCUAUAUAUGUGUGGUCAUGUUGAGUGUCAUUUUAGAAUUAAUGUUUUUAUAUCCUAUUCUACAAUAUCUAUUUAUGGAAAUUACAAACUGUAGAAUGAAUAUUUUUAGAUAUUACUAUUAUAGAGGUUUACAAGGUAUUCACCGAUCAGAAUUAUUUAUUAAUAGUAGUAGUGGAGUAUUGAGUGGUAAAUUUAUUGUACUCUCAUUGAUCAUUCUCUUUGUAUCAAGUUGUAUUCAAUAUGGAAUAUGUUUAGGAUUUGUACAUUUAUUGUAUGAUGAUCCAAUGAAGGGUGGUAGUGGUAUUGUUCAAACAAAUUCCAACAGGAUUGGAUCCAUCAUCAUGUCUACUACUACUACUGCAUCUGCAUCUAGUACUACUACUACUCCUCCUCCUCCUAAUAUUACCUUACUGUCCAACAUUCCACUCUUUUUCACACUCUUCUACAAUAUUGGAAAUGUAUUUUUAUAUAACCUUAUUUGUCUAUGUCUUUGUAUAUUUAUUACAGUCUAUCAAUUAGUGAAUGUAUAUGCUGUAGUGAUGAGUGGAGUCUUUGUUUAUUUAAUAUUUGUUGUAUUGACUUGUGUACCAUAUACUCAAUCAUUGAUUUUACCUUCCUUGAUGAAUUCCAUUUAUUAUUGGAUUUCAUUGGGGUGUGGAGUGAGUGAAAUGGUGUCAUUGAUGUUUGCACUCUUUUUAUUAUUCCUAUUCAAACAAAGUAUUGCAUGUGGUUGGUGUUAUGGUAGUAAUAGUAUUGGUAGUUGGAGUAUUGGUAGUAGUAGUAGUAGUAGUGGUGGUGGUGGUGGUGGCAACAACAACAACAUUGGCAACAACUUGUUCUCUCAGAUUCUCUUCCAUAAAUGGGAUUCUAUUUUAUUGAAGAGAUUUUUUGGAAUGUAUGGAAAUUUAUUCAUCUAUUCUCUAUUACCCUUAUCCAUUUAUUUGAUGAAUAUUGGAGUGAUUGGAAGUCAUUUACAACCUUCUUCAUCCAAUCACAACAACAAUCACAACAAUAAUCACAACGAGAACGACAACAACACUACUACUACUACUUUAAACUCCAACUUCUUCUCUAAAAGUGAAUGGAUUGCCUAUUGUAUCGUCUUGACUUAUCAUUUCAUUUUUAUCAAAAUUGCAUGCACUUGCAAUGCCAUUGUAGGAAUGUACAAUAGAAAAUGUGUGAAUCGAUUGAAUUAUAGAAAUUUAAUCAUUCUCAUUGUGAAGGCUCUGUUGAUACUCUUCAUUCUCACAUUAAUCUUCAUUGGAAUGUAUUUAUUCACUGAUAUUUCAAAUAUUAUUCUAGAUAGCAUGUAUUUAACACCACAAUCAAAUAUGGUAGUGACUACUGAAAAGAAUAUUCAAACAUUUUGGAUUGUAUCGAUUGUGAGCAGUGUGUGUUAUGUGAUUAUGAAUUUGUAUCAAGUGCUCAUUGUGACCACAAGUUCAAGUGGUGAUGAUUCAACAACAAGUCAUUUUGAAGAAUCUAGUGGUGGUGGUGGUGGUGGUGGUGGUGGUGGUGAUUCAAGUGGCGCCGCCAAUUGGAAUUCCAUACUACCUACUACUAGUACUACUAGUACUACAAAACAGGGUAUGAAUACGACUACUACUAGUACUCACCUACUCUCGAACAUUCAUUCCAUUCCUCUCUUCACCACAUUGGCAUUGAAUCUCAUCAUUUCCAUUCCAGCAUGUUUAAUUUGUUUAUUGGUUCCAUCCAUUCGAUCCAUCUAUGCAACAUUUAUUGUACAAAUGAGUGUCUAUGCUUUGUGUGCUUUGUGUUGUGCCAUUUAUUAUCAUGUCAAAGUAUUGAAUAUAGAUUUCAAGAGAGAAUACAAUACCAUGAUUGCACACAUGUUACACAAGAGAUAUGAAGAGUCUUAUCGAAAUUGA